AUGGCGGAGAUGGCCGAUAGCGGGCGACAGCGGACGGAGCAGGCGGCCGGGCAUGUGGGGCUGGAGGUGGAAGAUGCGCAGGGGAUAAGAACGGGAGCCCUCGUGGUCUCUGCACCGAAUGGGUAUGGUGUAAUCAAUGAGCCAGAUUUUAGGUCUGGUGGAUCCUACAAUGGUAGGAGAUCUGUGGAUGAAGGCUUUCCUAGAGAUUCAUAUGGGAGGGGUGCAUUCUGUCAGGAUACACAUGAUAGAAAUAUGUAUGCACCACCACCCUCUGUUGGUGGAAUGUGGUCUCAGCCUCGAAGGAACCAUGAUGAGGAAUGCGCAACUGCAAGAGAUCACAGAAGGCAUGAUGCUGAUUAUCGCAAUGAUGGAGAGCAUCAUGAGUUUGAUUCAUACAGAGGAGUUGAUAGACUCCGUGAUAAUUAUCAUGCUACUGACAACUAUUAUGAAUCUGGUAGUUACCGUGAUUUUGGUGUUGAUAGGAGCAAAAGGAUUGGAAGCAGAGAACGUGCGGAGUUUCAUGGUGAGUUUGAAGACCGGUACCGCAGUUCUCACCAAAGCAGGGAGGACAGCUAUGAGAGAGAUCAUGAAUAUGGUCGUUACGGUUAUGAUUCGGACUAUGAGAGAGGCAGGAGAGAUAGUAGCUGGAGAAGACGUGAUUCAUGUGAGAGUGAACGUGAAAUAAGUGGAUUAAGUCGUGAAAGAGAGGAAAGUCCAUACAUGCGCCAUAGCCGUUCUCGAUCACAUGGGCGUGAUGACCGAUCAAGAUCACGGUCUAGAUCAAGAUCUCCUCGUGCGAGAAGUCAUGGUCGGAACCAAAGAGAUGGCCUGUAUGAUGAUAAUCGAUUUGACAGAAGAAGGGAAUAUGACUGGGAUGAUAGGAGGCAUGGUGAUUCAGUGGUCCCAUCUGCCACUGUUGUUGUCAAGGGACUGUCCCUGAAGACUAAUGAUGAUGACCUAUAUCAGAUUCUUGCUCAGUGGGGGCCUCUACGCAGUGUGCGUGUGAUCAAGGAACGGAAUUCUGGCAUGUCUCGUGGAUUUGCUUUUAUUGACUUCCCCACUGUGGAAGCUGCCCGUAGAAUGAUGAAAGCUACUGGGGAGAAUGGUCUCGAAAUUGAUGGCAGGAAUGUGUUCUUUCAGUACAGUAGUAAACCAACCGGUGGGAUGGUUGGGCCUUCUCUUGGACAAGAAAAUUUUACAAGGCCUACUUAUGGGCACAGGACUGCUGCUGCACCGUGUGACUGGAUUUGUACUAUAUGCGGAUGUAUGAAUUUUGCCCGCAGGACCUCCUGUUUUCAGUGCAAUGAACCUCGUACUGAGGAUGCUCUACCAGCUGAUGCGACAGGUUCCACUCCACACUUUGGGAGAAGGGGAUCUGAACUAGGUCCAACUCAUGUUUUAGUUGUUCGUGGUUUGGAUGAAAAUGCUGAUGAGGAAAUGCUUCGGUACGAAUUUGCUAAGCACGCACCAAUAAAGGACAUCCGCCUUGUUCGGGAUAAGUUUACUCAUGUGUCUAGAGGUUUUGCCUUCGUUCAUUUCCAUUCGGUGGAAGAUGCUACGAAAGCUCUGGAAGCUACAAAUGGGAUUACACUUGAGAAAAACGGUCAGGUUUUGCGUGUAGCAUAUGCUAAAAGUACACAUGGACCUGCAUCAGGCGGUUCGCAGUCAAACAGCCUUGCCGCAGCUGCCAUUGAGGCUGCAUCAUUUGCUCAGCAGUAUGAUGCCAUAGGUUGGGCUCCAAAAGAGUACAAUCCUGAUGACAAACAGAACAGCAACUCUGAAUCUCAAAAAGAUGGUGGUACAACACAGUCGGGAUUUGUUUGGGAUGAAAAAUCUGGUUACUACUAUGAUUCUGCAUCUGGAUUCUAUUAUGAUGGAACUACUGGCCUUUACUAUGACAGCAACUCUGGAGUUUGGUAUUCGUACGAUCAACAGACUCAACAAUAUGUCCCUUGUAAUGACCAGAACAAUACUAAGGCAGCCGGUGAGGCGGCCAGUGAAAACACUAAGGCCUCAGAUAGUAAUAGUGGCAAAAAGGUUGUGAUCUCUGCGCCUGCUGCCACAAUUAAACAAAGUGAGAAAACUUCACUUCCUGAUGCUGUUCAAGCUGCUGCAAAUGCAGCACUGGCUGCAGAAAAGAGAGAAAAGGAGAAGGCAAAAGAGAUUAAAUUGGCCUCAAAAAGUAGUCUCAUAGCUAAUAAGAAGAAGAUGAACAAUGUCCUAGCUAUGUGGAAGCAAAGGAAUCAAGAAGGGCAGGCCGCACGAGUUGUCCUUGAUGACAAAGAACCAUCAAGUUCUGAUGAUAAAUUUAAUCAUUCACAUAGUGGAACUGGAUUCUCUUUGAAAAGUAAGCCGAAUUCUGACUUUGAAAAUGCUAUGGAUAAUUCUCUUGGCCAAGGAAUUGCAUCGACCCAAAUGUUGGAUUCCGAUGUAAAGCCUAGACCUGUCAGUAACAGCUUAGGGACUACAGUUAUGGGUGUCAUAAGAGGUUCUGCUAGAGGAGUGAUCAAGUCAGAUACUACGUUUCAUGCAUUAACUGAUGCCAGUAGCACUGACUCCCGCACCACUAUAACCACAAGAGCAAGUGGGUUAAUGACAAGUCCUGAGGCACUUGUAACUCCUUCUCCCUUCAAAACUGAUGUGUCUGCCUUAGUCUCUAAUACUUCAUCGGGAGUUUCUGGGAGUGGUAAACGUCGGUUUUCUGAGGCACCAGGACAAUCCCAGUACAGGGAUCGAGCUGCAGAAAGACGAAAUCUGUAUGGAUCAUCUCUUGGCACUGAUACUGUUGGAUUUGAUUCAACUGGUGACUAUCCAUCCCGAAAGGGUUCAAGUGAGAUAGGGUCGAUGCCGUUUCCUCCUGGUGUGGGUGAACGUUCCAGUGGUGAAAUUGGCAACAGCGAAAACUAUGAAGUUAUUACCGCUGAUAGAACAAUCGACGAAAGCAAUGUGGGCAACCGUAUUCUACGCAACAUGGGGUGGCAAGAGGGACUGGGUCUCGGAAAGGAUGGCAGCGGUAUCAAGGAACCAGUCCAGGCAAAAUCCGUGGACGUCAGGGCUGGACUGGGAAGUCAGCAGCGGAAGGCUGAUCCAUCCCUAGAGGCCCAAGCCGGGGACAGCUACAAAACCAUCAUCCAGAAGAAGGCCAUGGCAAGAUUCAAGGAGAUGUCUUAG